UUUGUUUGGAUUUAAGAGAACUUAAAUAAAAGGGAAAAAUAGAAGGAAUCUGACAACGCCUCCACCGGUGGUUGUCGACUUUUACCAGAAAUUUAUUUUUAUAACAUUGAGUCUUGAAGUUAUUCUUUAAUUUUUUUGUUAUAAAUUUUAGUGAAAUUUUUUGUUAAAUGCGUCACGCAGUUGUAAAAACACAAUUACACAAAGCAGUUAAAUCUGCAUCAGAAAAAGCUUUGGAUAUUAUUGAAGCAGCACCAAGAAUUCGAUUAAAUAAUUUGAGAGACAAUCCGGGGGCUAGAACUGAGUUACAACACGCAGCAAAACCCCCAGCAGGAUGGGUUUGGGGGGACUUUUUUAGACCGUGGCACAGAAUGUUUCCUGGAGAUAAACAAUUUAAUGGGGAUAUUAACCUUCGUCGCGAAUAUAUUCCACUCUCUUUAAUUGAACUUCAACGAAUUAUUGAUUUGGGAUGGUUAGAUACAACCAGACUUAUUGAUGUUUGUGCUCUUUGUGCAACUCGGUUAUUCGAUGAAAAAUUUGUUCCGAGUGAAUUGAGGCAAUUUGGAAUUGAUUUAACUGACGAGGGAGAAGAAGUAUUUUCUACUCCAAUAAAUUUGGAAGUUCAAUGGGCAUCACUCACAGCAAUUGCGGCUAUUGAAAGGGCUGGUGGACGUAUAAGAACAGCUUAUUACGAUUUGGAAAGUUUGAAGGCUGCAGAAAACCCUGAGGCUUGGUUUCGUGCUGGUAAACCAAUUCCGAGGCGAAUGCACCCACCACAUUCGUUAUAUGCUUAUUAUAGUGAUCCUGAUUAUAGAGGUUAUUUAGCCAAUCCAGAAGAAAUUGAAAAAUCAAAAAUUAAAUUAUCAGAAAUACUCGAAUAUAAUUUAAAUAAAGAAGAAGAUCAACAAAAAUAUAUUAUUGAAGACAAAACUCCAAAUCAAGUAUUUUUGGGUUUGCAACCUGGACAAUUAAUUAGUUUAGAAGAUAAAAAAGUUUUUGAACCAACAAAUGAAAUACUUGAUAAUUAUUAUAAAGGGGUUGAUGGGCCGUUGUCAGAUAAUGUUAGAUAG